GAGCAGUGCGGUUGGUUCGCCGGAGAGACAGGGAGGAGGUGAGCGGACUGGGAGAGCUUUUUGUGGCUGCAGACGGAGUUUCAUCUCCAGUCUGUUCCCAGCAGAAGCUCCGGAGGAAACGGGACAAAGAGGGAGUUUAAAUUUUUAUUCUUUUUUUUCUUUUUUGAUCCGGCUUUUACUCUUCACUUCGGGCGUGCUAAGGGGGAUUUGUUUCAGGAUCAAACACCGGGAGUACAUCACGCAGCUGUGGAUGUGAAUCAGCUGAGGUUGCAGGGCACCAGGGGAGCCGUGCUCUGCAGCAUCAAUAGCACCCACUUCCACGCAGCGAGAGGGAAUCCUUCCUUAGAUGCUUCCCCGCGGCAGACGCUGAGGAGUGGAGGGAUUUUAUGGAAGAUUUGUUGGAUUUUCUUUGUUUUAUUAAUCGCCCGUUGCAAACUUGAGAGUCCGGGAUGGGGAAGGAGCAGGAGCUGCUGGAAGCCGCCCGCACUGGGAAUGUCGCCUUGGUGGAGAAAUUGUUGAGUGGGAAAAAGGGAAUACUGGGGUCAGGAUCCGGCUCCAUCCCUAUCCCCAACCUCUUGAGCAUGUGGAAGGGCGUCAACGUGAACUGCACAGACAGCUCAGGAUACACACCUUUACAUCACGCUUCGCUCAACGGACACAGGGAAGUGGUGCUGAAGCUGCUGCAGUCCGAGGCGUCUCCAAACCUGGCUGACAGUAAAGGCUGCUUCCCGCUGCACCUGGCCGCCUGGCGGGGUGACGUGGACAUCGUCCGCAUCCUCAUCCACCACGGCCCGUCACACGGCCGGGUCAACCAGCAGAACCAUGAGAGGGAGACGCCGCUCCACUGCGCAGCCCAGUACGGACACACCGACGUGGUUUCAGUUCUUCUUCAGGAGCUGACCGACCCGACGAUGAGAAACAACCGGCAGGAAACUCCUCUGGACCUGGCUGCACUUUAUGGACGCCUGCAGGUGGUCCGCAUGCUGGUGAGCGCUCACCCAAACCUGAUGACGAGUCACACCCGCCUCCACACGCCGCUUCACCUGGCGGCACGAAACGGACACCACAGCACCGUCCAGACCCUGCUGGAGGCCGGCAUGGACGUCAACUGUGUGACGGAGAAUGGGAGUGCCCUUCAUGAAGCUGCCCUUUUUGGAAAGAUGGAUGUGGUUCGCCUUUUGCUUGACUCAGGGAUAGACGCCGAUUUGAGAGACAGUCAGGGGAGAACAGCGCUGGAGAUUCUCAGAGAUCACCCAGCGCCUAAAUCUCAGCAGAUAACAGCUCUUAUUCAAGAGUACAUGAUGGACGACAUGGAGAGACAGAGUAUUUUGGAAGAGCCGGUCCGGAAGUGUCCCGUGCCCGCACCUCGGACCUCGAUCUCCUCGCCUGCUGCCUCGCCGUCCCUCCGACAUAAGAAUGAUGCCGUGACAAGCGAACUGUCGAAACUGCUCCAUGACAUCAAGAAGUGCCGGGACCGGGACUACUCCUUCGAGGAGCUCUGCCACACUAUCUCGUCCCACUCCAUGGACAGCUUCGGCAGCGGGCGGCUGUCUGACGAGGAGCGCCCCGACAGACCGAACGGCACCUUGACUCGAGUCAGCAAGCGUCCCACCCCGCCUCUCGCUGCAGCAGCGGAGGAAGACGAGGCAGAGAAGACGUGCGGCCCCACUGGAUUCUGGGAAGCUCUCACCCCUUGCAACGGCUGCCGCAACCUCGGCUUUUCCAGCGUCUCUCAGGAUUUCAAGCAUUCUGCUGAGCUGGUCACCUCUCCGUCGCUGGACGUUUUCCUGCCUGAAGACGAGGACAACCCGUAUGAGUCCGUGACCACCGCCGUCACAUGCAAACCCUGCUCCCUCGAAAUCAACCACCGGCUCAACGUCUGCUCCCUUAACAGUCACUCGUCCCAUGCAGCUGUGAGCGAGGAGGAGCACGGUAACCAUGACAACUGCUCAACGGGCCCCACACCGGACUGCUCACCCCCUUCCCCUGACACGGCCCUGAAGAACAUCGAGAGAGUCAUCCGCCCACAGCCCAAGCAGCGCACGUCCCUGUCUUCCUCUCUGGAUGUCCAGAGGCCAGUCAACCACAGCUGCGAACCCAGUGAGGUGAGCUCGUCUCUGGGCUACGCCAGCUUCAGCACCAGCCCUCCUGCCAGCCCCCCCCUCAGUCCCAACCAGGAAGAUUCUGCAGGCUCCAACGACGACUGUCAGCUCACAGACGACGGGACCUACCAGCGAGACCCGCCCCAUCUCUGCUCUUCCUCCAGUUCAAGUCGUCUCGUUGGAGAAAACAGAAAAAGUCUCGUCCCAGAGGAGUUCGCAGGCCUCCUUCAUGGAUCCUCUCCGGCUUGUGAGCCGCCGGAUACGCCUUAUCACCUUUAUAGCCCCAAGCACUUUAAAUACGCUUCUUCAGAGGUGCAGGGCAGCGUGCUGCAGACUCCUGAGUUCAGCAUUGUGAUCGGCGGCGGAGCCUCUCAGGGUUUCUCUAGAACUGAGAACAAAUCGUCUCCCCAGAGGUCCCAGAAGCCGCAGGUCGUUUACCGAACCAUCUUCCACACCCAGGUCAAUCAGGACCAGCUUCAGCCCAAGAACUGUGAACAGGCGGGCCUACCUGGUGGAUGGUCGACGCUAAACCACCCGUCCUCUUGUUCCCUGGGACAAAACGGAGACGUAGCAGAGCUACAGGGGAAGCAGGUGGGGGGCGAGGUCAGGGACGGCUACGAAGAGAGAGCCUGCACUCUGGGGAGGAUGAGAUCCGUCCCACGCAGCGUGUUAGACCUGCAGCUCUCCAAGUCUCUGUCCAAGUCCGAUUCCAACCUGGUGGCCGUGUCCCCCAUUCAGGAGGAACACAGCUGGGGGUCUGGGUCCCGGGGCCAGGGGCCAGGAACGCCCGGCUCCAGAGAGGGAGCCAGCCCGGAGAAACGACUGGAGCGGACCCCGUCCUUCACCGCCGAGUGGGAGGAGAUUGAUAAGAUUAUGAGCUCCAUCGGUGCAGGGAUCGGCAGCGGAUUGGACGUCAAGGAGGUUACCUCAGGUCCCCGCUGCCCGCUGCAGUCUGUCGGACAGUGGCUGGACUCCAUCGGUCUGGUCCAGUACGAGAACCACCUGCUGGCCAACGGAUUCGACAACGUCCAGUUUUUGGGAAGCAAUGUGGUGGAGGACCAAGACCUGCUGGAAAUAGGGAUCCUGAACUCUGCCCACAGACAGCGCCUCCUGCAGGCCAUUCGGCUGCUUCCCAGGGUCAGUUCACCUCAUAUUUAA